UCACUUCACAUUUUUAUUUUUUCUUUCAAUUCGGGUAUGGUAGGUGUAUUUCUGUCAGAUAAGUUGUUACAAUUUUGUGUGUAAAGUAAAAGCAAUUCAACCAUUUCAAUUUUUCAAACCCUCUUUCAAUUUCUUCAUUUUUAUUAUUAUUAUUUUUUUAUUUAUUUUGACGUGUGCUAAUAUUUAAUAACAAUAAAGAGUAGCGGUGAUCCCUUUCAAGUUUCUAUUCAAAGCACUAUCCUUAUUUGGGAAGCUUUACUUCAAGUUAAAAAUGGAGGUGAAAUCAUUGUGAGGGAGUAAAGGAGGUACUGGUAGUGGUGGUUUUUGGUUGUGUUGUAGAUGGACCGAAGGAGUUGGUUAUGGCGAAGGAAGUCAUCGGAGAAAAGUCCGGGUGAAACGGAGAGUUCCGGCUCAAUAUCUUCACAUUCAGAAAGGUUCUCUGAUGAACAGUUAUAUCCAAGCCAAGCUACUCUAUCACCAGAGGUCACUUCGAAGGCUGCACCAAAUGAAGAAGUUAAUACACCCAAAAAUUAUAAAGAAGUUACUGAUGUGAAGACUCUUACGAACGAAUUAGCCAAAGCUCUGCUAGAUAUUAGUGCCAAAGAAGACUUGGUAAAGCAGCAUUCUAAAGUUGCUGAAGAAGCCGUCUCAGGCUGGGAGAAGGCUGAAAAUGAAGUGUUGUCUUUAAAACAGCAACUCGAUGCUGCGAGGCAGAAGAAUUCAGGUCUGGAAGACCGAGUUAGUCAUCUUGACGGGGCACUCAAAGAGUGUAUGAGGCAGCUUCGCCAAGCUAGAGAAGUGCAAGAACAAAAGAUCCAUGAAGCUGUUGCAAAUGAUUCUAAUGACCGGGAAUCCAGAAGAUCAGAACUUGAGAGGAAAGUUGCUGAGCUUGAAACUCAACUUCAAACAUCAAAAGCAGAUGCUGCAGCAUCUAUUCGUUCCGAUCUUCACAGGAGACUUGAGGCUGUGGAAAAGAAGAAUUUGGGUCUUCAACUUGAGCUACAAUCUCGACUUGAGGAACUAGAAUUCAGGAUUGCAGAGAGGGAUUUGAGUACCCAAGCUGCUGAGACAGCUAGUAAGCAACACUUGGAGAGCAUCAAGAAAGUUGCUAAGCUUGAAGCUGAGUGCCGUAGACUGAAAGCGAUGACUCGUAAAACAUUUAAUGUGAAUGAUAACAGGUCUUUGACAGCAUCUUCAGUUUAUGUUGAGUCCUUCACAGAUAGCAUGUCAGAUAGUGGGGAGAGGCUACUUGCAGUUGAAAGUGAUGUGCAUAAAUUAGGUGGAUGGGAGAUGAAUGAAUGUGAACCAAGCUGUUCUGACUCAUGUUCGUCUGCUUUAAUUACAGAACUUGAUCAAUUCAAGAAUAAAAAGACUACUGGAAAAAAUCAUACUGCCACUUCAAUCGAGAUCAAUCUCAUGGAUGAUUUCCUUGAGAUGGAAAGGCUUGCUGCCUUGCCAGAUACAGAAAGUGGAAGCCGUUAUGCUAAAGGAGGACUAGCAUCAGAUCAAUCUAUCGUUGGUCAGGUUACAGUGGAAGCUGAAGUGGAAGCUAUGAUUCAGAAGAACACGGAAUUGGAAAAGCAACUGGAGAAAAUGGUGGCAGAUAAACACGAGAUAGAAAUUAGUUUGACUGAGUGCCAAAUGCAGCUCGAGACAUCAGAGAGUCGGAUAAGGGCAGCAGAGUUGAAGGUAGAAGAACUUCAAACUCAGUUAUCUCUUGCAAAAAAAUCAAAUCAAGAAGCAUAUGAAGAACUAAAAGAAACAAGAACAAAGAAGGAGAUAGUUGAUUCAAAACUCAAACUUGUUCAAACUGAGGUAGAAGAACUGAUUUCAAAAAUCCAUUCAUUGGAAGAACAGAUUCAGAAAGAGCGAGCUUUGUCUGCUGUGAAUUUGAUCAAGAGCAAGAAGUUGGAGGACGAGCUUUCACGAAUGAAGCAUGAAGCUCAAGUUCAGCAAGACGCCGAUACUUUGCUCAAGGAAAAUGUUAAUCGUGAUUUGAAGUCAAAACAGGAUAAAGAACUUGCAUUGGCUACUAGCAAGUUUGCUGAGUGCCAAAAAACAAUUGCAUCUCUUGGAAAGCAGUUGAAGUCCCUAGCAACCUUGGAAGAUUUCCUACUUGAUUCAGACAACCCUAUAGAGUUAACACGUGAAGUUACACAACAAGUUCCCCAAAAGGGAGGUGAACAAUUGAAACUAAAUCACACUGAUUUGAGUUUUCCUAAAAGAGAUUCAUUAAACUCAUCUAUUACCAAUGAGAAAAGCCGUAGUAAUGGCAUUGGCAAGUUCAUCCCAAGAAGCAAGAGUGUGAACAGGACUCGCUAAAAUUUGUGAGAAAAGAUAAAAGGUUGAGUUGUAAAUUUUGUUUCUUUUUCAUUUUUCUCACUUUGGAUUUAAUGUGUAUGUGUGAGUCCAAAGUUAUGCAUAUAUAUACAUAAAAUAGUAAUGUUUGAAGAAUUUAAAUGGUUACAAACUUACAAAAAAAAUACACAAAGUCCAAAUUUUAAAACGAUUUCCGCUAU